AUGGCCCAGACUCCAGAGAACAAGGCGGCCUGGUUGCCAGCCUCCAAAGUCACGCCGCUUGAGAUUGGCCCAGUGCCAUACACAGCCGCUGGGUCCCACCAGAUUGUGGUGAAGAAUGGUGCUCUGGGCAUUAACUCGGUCGACUGGGCAAAGCAAUUGCUUGGUGAGGGCUUGCUGGGCUAUCUCAGCUAUCCCUUCAUCCUGGGAGAAGAUGUGGCCGGCACCGUUGUCGAGGUGGGCGAGGGCGUAGAGCGCUUCCGCGUCGGCGAUCGUGUCGUGGCCACGGCCUCUGCCAUCUCUGUCAACAACGCCGUCGAGGGCGGAUUCCAGCUAUACACGCCCAUACGCGAGUGGAUGGCCGCGCCGCUGCCAGACACCAUUUCCUUUGAGCAAGCCAGUGUGCUCCCGCUGGCCAUCCUCACAGCCUCUCACGGCUUGUUUGAUAGCGAGUACCUCGGCCUGGCCUUGCCCACCGUGCCUGCGCGCCAGCCCAGCAGCGGCAAACGAGCCGUCAUCAUCACCGGCGGCGCAUCCGCUGUUGGCAGCACCGCCAUCCAGCUCGCGGUUUCUGCCGGCUAUGAUGUUGUGUCGACGGCGUCGCCAAAGAACUUCGAAUAUGUCAAGGCUCUCGGUGCCACGCACGUGUUUGACUACAAGAGCGACACCGUCGUCGACGAUAUCUCUGCCGCUGUGAAGGGCCUCCAUCUCGCCGGCGGCUACUCUAUUGGAGACGGCUCUGUCAAGCUGCUGGCAGCCGUCCUUGCCCAGCACGAAGGCCCCUCCAUCAACAAAUUCAUUGCUCUGGCUGGCGGCCAAGGAGAAGGCACCAAUGACCCGAGUAUUCAGGUCAAAUUCAUCUUUCUCGGUCCGGAUUCUGUUGGUCCUGACGCCAUCGUGGGUAAAAUUUACACAGACUUCCUUCCAGAGGCACUGGCCAAAGGACAGUUUGUGCCAGCACCUGACGCGACGGUCGUGGGCAAGGGACUAGAAAAGAUUCAGGAGGCUUUUGGAGUCCACAUGCAGGGCGUUUCGGCAAAGAAGAUCGUUGUAUCACUAUGA